UACUUACACUUCCAACAACACUAAAUUGAUUUGGAUGUGCAGUUGAUAGAUGAGGUGGGCGGCUAGCCAACACGGGUAGGUGGCAUGCUUUCAGUUGGUUUUCUACUCUCGCGAAAAGCUCACGCGCCAACAUCAGCAGCACUAGACAUUGCAUAUUAGUCACUUGUCUCGUAGAACAAUAUAUCGCAUUUAUAUGUGGAAAAAUAUUGCAUAAAAACCGUCGAAGAGGACAACAAGGUCAACUAAGGUUUCUGACAAUUACUUUUGUUGAAGGAUUUUUUUAAGUAAAGGAGAAAGUGUUGAUUCCCUGCGAGAAUGGCACAACUAAUUAAAAGUAUUAGAGGCACGAUUGUGUUAGGACAAAAACUAAAAAAUACUACAGCAGCAGUAGCAACGACGGCGGGGCAGCGACGUUUGAGAAGCACACAAAGCGAUGACUAUGAUUUGGUUGUUGUUGGUGGUGGCAUUGUGGGAGUUGCUUCCGCGCGCGAAAUACUGUUACGACAUCCCCAUCUACGCGUUGGCUUAUUGGAAAAAGAGCAUAAAUUAGCCGUACAUCAGAGUGGACAUAAUUCUGGUGUUAUACAUGCAGGCAUCUAUUAUAAACCAGGUUCUCUGAAAGCUAAAUUAUGCGUAGAGGGUAUGCAUUUAGCCUAUGACUUUUUGAAUGAGAAAAAGAUACCCUACAAAAAAGUGGGUAAGCUGAUUGUGGCGACAAGCGAAGAUGAAGUGGACCGUUUGAUGCAGCUAUAUGAGCGUGGGCAAAAGAAUCUGUGUCCAGAUUUGAAACUAAUAGACGGUAAGGAAAUCAAAGAGUUUGAGCCUUAUUGUGAAGGCGUCAAAGCCAUACACAGUCCACAUACUGGAAUUGUCGAUUGGGGCUUGGUAACGGAAUACUAUGCACAGGAUUUCAAACAGGCUGGGGGUGAUGUACACCUCAAUUUCAAGGUUUCAAAAUUCUUAGAAUCCACCGACAAAGACGCUGAAAAGUAUCCCGUAACGAUUCGUGGCGCACGUGGCUACCAACAAGUGCGUACACGUUAUGUGCUCACUUGUGGUGGCCUGCAAUCGGACAAGUUGGCCGAAAUGACCGGUUGCCCACGUGAUCCUCGUAUUAUACCUUUCCGUGGCGAAUAUCUUCUACUCUCGAAGGAAAAACAGCAUAUGGUGCGUGGAAACAUCUACCCCGUGCCGGAUCCCAACUUGCCGUUCUUAGGUGUACAUUUUACGCCGCGCAUGGAUGGUUCUGUUUGGCUAGGACCGAACGCUGUGUUGGCAUUCAAACGAGAAGGUUAUACAUGGGGCGAUAUAAACUUACUGGAAUUAUUCGAUGCCAUACGUCAUCCCGGUUUCAUAAAAAUGGCUACCAAGCAUUUGAAAUUCGGUAUAGGUGAAAUGACUAAGUCAUUAUUCAUAAAAUUGCAAACGAAAGAGCUGCAAAAGUAUAUACCACAAAUCAAUGAAUUCGAUAUAAGUAAUGGACCAGCUGGUGUACGCGCACAGGCCAUGGAUAGUUACGGUAGUUUAGUGGAUGAUUUCGUUUUCGACAAGGGCGAGGGUGAAAGCCCAUUAGCUAAGCAGGUGUUGCAUUGUCGCAACGCCCCAUCUCCUGGCGCGACCAGCAGUUUAGCUAUUGCUAAGAUGAUUGCAGAUAAACUGGAAAAAGAAUUCGAUAUAAAAAAUUAAAGCAGUAAUGAGACAAAAAUGUAGACAACGAAUACCAUUAGAUGGCAUACAACAAGGUCUACUUGUAUUUGUGUUCCUUUCAUAAGUUGUGAAUAUUAUUAUGUAUUUUGUGCUCUUUUCUGCACUUAAUAGCUGUUAAAUGUUUCUUCAUGUGUAUUUGUAAUUAGGAAAUCAUCAGCGCAUUUAAUUGGCUUCUUUGUGCAAAGAAGAAUGUAUUUUAUACUGACCAAGUGGCAUUGGAAAACAAAUUAAAUAAAUUAUAUAUUAACUAAUAAUA